CUCUCCCAUCUAUACAGAUGGCCUGAUUUGUCCAGUUGGGUAUAACCUAGUGAGGGACAUCCAAGUUGUUGAGCCUGAGAACUUGACAUGGUCUGAAGCUGCUAUGGAGUGUAUUAGGAAGAAAGGGAGAAUCCUCACAGUGGUAGGCAAUCAAUCUGAACAGAUUGCUAAAGAUGCAAUGGAGAAAUCGCUAGGCAAGACCUGGGUAGGAUAUACUGGUUAUUAUAUUAAAGAUGAAUUAGAUGAAUCUGAUUUGAGAACACCAUUCUACAUUAUGAAGUAUAUCAAAGAUGAACAGUUUGAUGCAUCUUCAUUUAGUGAGUAUGCAGAACAUGCUAGAAUUGAUAAUCAAUAUGCAUGGUGGCCAAAGGCUGCAAGACUUGGUCAAUGGGUCCAGGUUGAUCUAAGGAAAACAAUGUGCAUUCAUGGCAUUGUAACAAAGGGACAUAAGAACACAUAUCAGUGGACAACAGUUUACAAACUCCAUUACAGAAAUAAGUGUAGCAAAUUCCACAUAUUUGAAAAUGAUGGUAAAGAAGAACUGACUGCAAAUAAGCCAACUGCUUAUCAAAACUUUACAGAACCAUUUAAUGCACAGUUUAUACGUCUUUAUCCACAAAAAUGGAACAAGGAUUACCCUGCAAUAAGAUUCGACCUCCUAGUAUCAAAUGAUAGUUGCCCAACUGACUUGCCAUGUGGUAAAUGUCCUGCUAUUAUGAACACACCUACAGGCAAUGUUACAGUCCAGUAUGAGCCAUGUUGCUCCAAGCUACCAUAUAUCUGUGAGAUAGAAUUAUGUGACCAAGAUCAUAAAGAGGCUCCAACACAGGCAAUUGUUACAGAUUCACCUUUUGACUAUGGCACUCCAAAUCCUGAAAUACAGAAAGAAUCUUCAACCCUUCCAACUAUUACAGAAUUAGCUAUUGACAAUACUACAAACAUUCCUGGUGCAAAUCAUGGAAACUGUCCUUGUGCUUUAUGCUCUACUUCACUUACUAUUGGACUGGCAAUUGGAAUGGGGUUUUUCAUGAUCGUCUCAGUUAUCUUACUGAUUUUGCUGAUUCUUUCACAGCAUUAUAAAAACAGCUGUAUAUAUGCAUGCACUUACCCAUCAAAGGCAGGAAAUGAACAUCAUAUUGACACCAACAAGAAGGAUUUUAACCAAACAGUUGAAAUGGUUACACCAAAAGUAACAUCAAAAGCUGAGCUUGUUGAUCUGUACUCUCAAGUUGAUAUUAAAACUAAACAUCAAAAAUCAGAAUUGGUUUCUAUCAAUAAGGAGACAGAUGACACUACAUAUGAUACUGCCUGUCAUGAUACUACAAAUAAUGCAACUGCCUCUGCACAGUAUCAUACCCCUGUCGAUGUUGAUCUUUACAGUGUUGAGCAGAAAGUAGGUGAAGGCAAAACUAUGGAUAUUAAUGACCUAUAUACUCAAGUUGAUAUCAAAACAAAAGUGCCAAAAUCAGAUAGAAGUGGUGCCAAGAAGGAAACAGAUCAAGCUACAUGGACAGUUGAUGCUGUUCAAUAUCAUUCUAUUGCCGAUGUGGAUAAUUACAAUGUUGAGCAGAAAGUGGAUGAUUGCAAACCCCUGGAUGAAGCUAAUGAUCUAUUUACUGCAGUUGAUGAUAAAACAAAAGUUCAAAAGUCAGAGAGAAGUGUUGCCAAGAAGAAAACAGAUGAAUCUACAUGGAAAGUUGGUGCUGUGGACACUACUCGAUAUCAUACUACUGCUGAUGUCGAUAAUUACAGUGCAGGGCAGAAAGUGGAUGAUUGUGAAAUUCCAGAUGGAAUUGAAAUGAUGGGAAAUGAGAUAUACUCAGAUGCUUAGCCAUUGGGUGUAGCAAUGCAAGAGGCAG